UUAGUAAAUGUGCUAACAGAAUAAGAAGCUGUGAUAUUUUAAUUGCGCAAAGUAAAAAUUGGUUGUUUGUGUACUUAUUGGUCAUUCCGUUUGAUAUUUGUUUAAGCAGCUGUGUAUGAUUUACAUGUAAAUAUAGUGUUAAUACGGCUACUUAUUCAAUUAAUGAAUUUGCUUCUGUGAGAUGUCUUGAUUUUUAUCGACAACCGGUAAAAAAUUGUAAAUCAACAUGGUUGUGUUCAGGCGUCUAAUAUCACGUCUGCUGAGGACACGGAAUCUCCUUAUGUUCACAAUAAUAGUCAUAUUGCUGUAUAUAAUCAAAACACUAGGCAAUCUUGAAGUGCUUGAAUCAAAGGCUAACAAACUUAUAAAUCAAUUGAAAGAAAGCCAAAAUCCCGGUCAAAAUGAACAUUUUGUACCAACUAGUUUAAAGAAAAUAGACUGGCAUAAUUAUCGUCAGAUCGAAUAUGAAAAAGCACGCGAUGGAAUUGGUGAACAAGGCAAACCAGCGCGUCUACCUAAAGAAGACGAGGAUUUGGAAAAAGAACUGUACUCUGUGAACGGUUUCAAUGGGGCGUUGAGUGACAAGAUCCCUUUAAAUCGUUCGUUACCGGACAUACGUCAUCCGGGAUGCAAGAAAAAAUUGUACAUAGAAUCCUUACCGACAGUGAGUGUGGUGGUGCCGUUUCACAACGAGCAUUGGAGUACGUUGCUAAGGACAGCUUACUCUGUGCUUUACAGAUCGCCGGAGCAUUUAAUAAAAGAGGUUUUUCUAGUCGACGAUGCUAGUACGAAAGAUUUCCUUAAAGCUCCACUUGAUGAGUAUCUAGCGAAGAAUAUGCCGAAAGUGAAAGUGGUUCGUUUGGCGGAGCGUAGUGGAUUGAUCAUAGCGCGGUUGGCCGGCGCCAAGCAGGCUACCUCGGACGUCCUUAUAUUCCUGGACUCGCACACGGAGGCCAACGUCAAUUGGUUGCCACCACUGCUAGAGCCGAUCGCGCUGGACUACCGCGCGGUGGUGUGCCCGUUCAUCGACGUGGUGGCCUUCGACACGUUCGAGUACCGGGCGCAGGACGAGGGCGCCCGCGGCGCCUUCGACUGGGAGCUGUUCUACAAGCGGCUGCCCGUGCUGCCCGCCGACGAGCGCAACAUGCCCGAGCCGUUCGCGAGUCCCGUAAUGGCCGGCGGUUUGUUCGCAAUAUCGCGCGCCUUCUUCUGGGAGCUCGGCGGCUACGAUCCCGGCCUCGACAUCUGGGGUGGAGAGCAAUAUGAACUCAGUUUCAAGAUCUGGCAGUGUGGUGGUAAAAUGCUGGACGCGCCGUGUUCCCGCGUCGGUCACAUCUACCGGAAGUUCGCGCCGUUCCCCAAUCCCGGACACGGCGACUUCGUUGGCAAGAACUACCGUCGCGUGGCCGAAGUAUGGAUGGACGAGUACGCAGAAUAUUUGUACUCGCGGCGGCCGCACUACCGGAACAUCGAUCCUGGAGAUCUCACGGAACAGAAGGCCCUUCGAGAACGACUGCACUGUAAACCUUUCAAAUGGUUUAUGACACAGGUGGCGUUUGACCUCCCUUUCCGGUAUCCGCCAAUAGAACCCAGUCCGUAUGCCGAAGGGAAGAUAAAACCGGCAUCGAACCCGCAGCUGUGCGUGGACGCUCAUCACGGCGAUCAGUUGGAUAAACUGCACCUGAACACUUGUUCUGACGAUAUACCCGCCGAGCAACAAUUCGUCUUUUCCUGGCAUAAAGAUAUCAAGACAAAAAAACGGAACAUGUGCUGGGAUCUGCCGAAUUCGAAGCCCAAGAGUCCAGUUUUACUAUUCGGGUGCCACCUGUCUGGUGGGAAUCAGUUGUGGAGAUACCAUACCGAUACGAAGAAAUUAACUCAAGGCGCCGGCAACAACUGCUUAGAUUGGGACCGUUCCUCGCGCGCCCUCUACAUCAACACAUGCGAGGACGACAGCGACACCCAGCAGUGGACAGUGGACACCGUCCAUCAUCACGUCAUGGACAAAUGGGAGCAGGAGCGGCCGCGGGUCACUGGGCCCCUACCCGAUUAUUGAGUGAGUGUUAUGGUACCCAUAAAGUUGACUUUAUUUUUUUUAUGUAACUUGGAAAGUUUUGCCAUAAAGUGUCGAUACAAAGUUGAAAUUCUGAGAAUAUUAGAUAUUCUAGUAUUGUAUACAAAGAAGGAUAUACAAGAAAUUAAACAUUCUAUUGGUUUAUAGAGAUCACAAUUACUCUUAAGUGGAAUGCAUAUUUUAUGUAACUUGGAAUAACAAACAAACUGACGGGCCAUUUCAACGAAAGUUGUAAUUAUUGGCUAUAGAUACAAACAGAACCGCAAAUAUGUCAGUGUGAUACGCAUGGUACCCUUCACGAGUUGUCAUUCCUGAGGAUUAAAGUGCCUAUAUAGCUGUAAUUGUAUAGUUUCAUACAAGUAAAGCUACAGCAUCCCUUUUAAAAUUUAAAAAUUUUUGACGCUGCCGCCUAUCCCUCGUCUGUUAAAUUCCCUUAGUCGCUCCUUACGACACCCACGGGAAAGGAAGGAUUAGCCCAUUUUAUGCCGGGACCGCACUGCAGUAAUAAUAUAAUAUAAUAUUAUUAUUUUGUCCUCAGGAAUGGUAUCGCAUAAAAGGUACCCUGGGUGCCACAGUGUAUCCUGUGACAUCCAUGGUGUUGUUCAGUUUGUACGCUACAGUUACUUUCUAUAAUGUGGACCGCUAAUUGGUGUUAUAAUAGAAAAGAAAGUGUGAAAUAAGAGAUUGAAACACGAACAGAAAAUUGACGUCAAUAAAUUUAAUCUUGAAAGUGAUUAUACUAAUAGAGACAUAAUAGACAUAACGAAAUAGAGAAUCAGGCUCAACAGUAUUUGCUAUCUCAUUCUGUCUCAUAUUUUGAGUGGAGUGUGAGCGAGACAAAAGACAUUUAAAUAGCUCAUACCUAUUUACUUACUUAAUACUUUACUUAAUAACUUUAUUUCCUUAAACAAAAUUAGCCUGUAGUACAAUAUAACUAUGACCCCACACUAGGCAAAGCGUGUCUCGUGGAAGUUAAAUUUAGAUUUAUUGACUUCAAAUUUAUGUUCAACAUUACAAUAUUAAUGAUUUUUAACGAGUACAGUGCAAGGAAUCUGACAUUCCAGGGCUGACAUUAAUUAGGCGACUAGAUUUUUUAAUGUUGACUAUAUAUAUAUAUAUAUAUAUAUAUAUAUAUAUAUAUAUGUUUUUUUUAGAGAUAUAAUCUAGUUAGAAAUAUCCUAUUAUUAGCUUUCACUGUUAUUUAAUAUGUAGUUAUAUAUAUAUAUAUUCAUUAUGUACAGUCAAUACAUAUCAAUAGGAGAUAUAUUUUUAUAUUAUAAUAGAUUGUGGUAGUUGUGAGAGGCCAUCACUCUCCCAGAAGCUAGUCUGUAACGUUAAAUAAGGUUUAGAGUUACGUGAAUCCUAGUUGUUUAUCUGUUUGUUCGUAUGUUAUAUUAUUUCUAUUUUCUUAUUGCAUGUCAAGAUAAAAUUUGACAUAUGACUCGUAGUGAUAGUUGUACAAAAUGGAAAUUUUUGAUAAAAAAAAAAUUAAUUAAAAUACUGAAUGUUGAUAAUUUUUUUUACUGCGUCUAAUAUUUAUAAGUGUUUUCAACUGCUUUUUAUAUGGCUUUGUACUCGGGCGAGUAUGUGCCCUAUUUGUUGUGACGUUAAGGUCGAAAAUGGUAGCACGACUUGUGAAUGUAGGUAAAUUAGCUAGGCUAUUUCUAGAAACUGUCUUGCAAGAUUCCUAACAAUAUGCAUUUAAUUUUAUUAGUAAAUUUGCAAUAUUGCAUUACGAUAUAUGUGUGUAUAUGCGAAUUUAUUUUUAUUACUUUUACUGUAUUAAAAUUUAACAGUACGUUUUUAUUUUUUUUUGAUAAAGUUAUAAAAAAAAAUGUAUAUUUUUCUUAUGUAUUAAAAAUAUGUCACUCGGUAAUUAGUUACUAAAAUUCAUAAUUUCGUCAUUUGAAGACAAUUUCACACGAAAUAAAGACACAUUAGCAGCUUUAUAGACUUUUACAAAUGUAUAAGAGAGAAAAUCAUUACGUUAUCUCUGUAUUUUUAUCUCUUUAUUUAUUUAUUUAUUUAUCUCUUUAUUUAUUUAUUUAUUUAUAUCUGUCACCUUAUACUGCCUUUUGUGAAGAGAAAAUAAACCAUUCAUUUAUUCAUUCAAUUUAAAAGAUAUUUUAAGAUUGCCCGGAUUCUGGACCCGUUCAGUGUACACUGUACGUAAAAGAACCAAUCCAAAAUAUUUUCGAAUUUAACACGUAUUUUUCAUAACAAUUUUGCUUUGUUUUCUGGGAUAAAAACUAACUAUUUUAGUCAGCUGUCAAACGCUGACACUUAUGCCUGUACCUAACACAGUGUUAAGUCAUUUAUUAAUAUAAAUUAACUUCAAGGAAUACAUGAGGCUAUAAAUUAUUUUACUAAACUAGAUGUUAUUUUGCGGAAUUCCAUAUAGAAUUAUUUUGUUUAAUUCCGCUACCAUUAGUAUGCGUGUGACUGGCAACACUCGAAAAAAACUCCAGCACGACUGAAAAUAAGUCAUUCUCAGUUUGGGUACCAUCAAUCAAUCAAUCAUCUUUAUUCAUAUACAUCUGUUACAGAUUCUUAUGAUACGUCAAUUUAUAAUUAUAACAAUUACUAUAUAAAAUAAUAUUGAUUUAAAAAAACUUACAAUAAUUACAUUUACAGUACAAUUCACAUUAAUACAAUAUUCAAAUCCAUGCAGUUUUGUCAUAUAAUUUUAUAAAAUAUUAAUUUGCCUGAAGAUGUCUCGUUCAGAGCUGAAACAUGUCUAGUAAAACUUGCGUGGACGCAAUGGCAGUCGGAUAUCGAUGGCUAAUAUGGGAAGGUUGUGGACUUUCUAGUAAUAAUAAUGGUAUUCAAUCUUCUAGUGUUGGCAAUCGCACACAUACUAAUUGUAGUGGAAUUAAACAAUUCUAAUCAAAUAACCAGCUAUAAAUUAGUUUUAAUUUCCAAAAUUGUGCAUUAAAAAUAAGUUUACCUUAGUUUUAAACUGAUGUAUUAUUUUAUUAUUUCGUACCGGAUAUCAUUGCAAUUUUUGACAUAAUUGUCAACGCAUGCGCAGCACAAUGAGGUACGUUUAUUUGUAUGAUUUUGUAAUGCCUACUGUGCUUAUUUUUUUUUAUUUUAACAGCAUAUAAGUAGUAAAAUAUAAACUAUACAUUAUUUAAAGUUUUAAACUGAAAAACUGGAAUAUAUUUAUAUUUUUUAAUUUUAAUUUAAUUUUUGUAAUACAACUAAGUACAAUAGUGUUAUUAACUUAAUUUGUCAUAACACGAAUGUGAAAUUAUGCAAAAAUGAUUUCUCGCCAACAUUACAAUUUAUAUUAUGUUUAUUUAAUUUUUUAUUAAUUAAAAUAUUUAAUUUAAACAGGGCAGCAUCUGUUAGGUCUUUAGUCAACAAUACCUGGAUUGAAAUGAAAAUUAAUCGACUUUAAACCUUACUGCGACGUAAUUUGGUUUAAUCAUUAUCAUCAUAUCGGCUUAACUGUCCCCUGCUGAGCAUAAGCCUUCCCUAUAACAGGGGUUUUGCCAGUAGUUGCCACGCCUGGCACGGGGAUUGGCAACUGCAGUUAGGAUUUGGUGAUGCUUUAAGAGGGACGCUGCAGCUCAUCCCUCGGCCAAUAAUAUACCUUAGUCACCUCUUAUGACACCCAUGGGAAAGGAAGGGGAAUUUGGUUCAAUAAUUGGUAUAUACAUACCUUUAUAUUAUUAAUAACGGUAUUACGUAUUAGUGAAAAAAGUAUUUAAAAUGAAUGAGCUCCCUGCCGAGGUUUUCCCAAGAGAUUACAGCAUGAGGUUCUUCAAAAGGGGGGUAAAGAGGUUUCUUCAGGGUCGGCAACGCGCGCGUAAUACCUCUGGUAUUGCAGGCGUUCAUAGGCUACAGUAACCGCUUACCAUCAGGUGGGCCGUCCGCUUACCGCUUACCGCCGUAUGCUUGUUUGCCACCUCAGUGGUAUAAAAAAAGUAUUUAAAAACGAUUGCGUAACUAAGUUGCCUUAUUAAAAACCCUUGCCUAUUUUAAUAUAUGAGUAGUAUAA